UUCGCUCAUCCGGUCCUAACUCCAGUACCGCACACCGCCAAACUUACCUCUCCCAUCCACCCGAUAUCCCAGCACAAAAAAAGAUGCCAUCCGCCCUCCGCUGCCUCACCUGCUGCCUCCCCCACCCGGGCUCCAUCUCCCCCACCUCCCCCCCAAAACCAGGACUCUGCAUCGCAGUCUUCGGGCUCGACAACGCGGGCAAAACAAGCGUGCUGUUGCGGUUGAAGGGUGAUACGGAUACGGCUCAGAAAACUUCCUGGGGCUUCACGACCGCCACCAUCCCUUUCGUCAUUCCCACGCCAACUUCAGGGACGGAGGAGAGUCAUGAGAAGAAGAAGAAAAAGAAGGGCAAAUCGACAAAGGUGACCUUCUACGAUGUAGGCGGGGACGUGAAGAUUCGGGGCAUUUGGCGGAACUAUUAUGCUGAGGCGUAUGCGUGUAUUUUCGUGGUAGACGCCUCGGACGGCGGCCGUAUCCCCGAGGCCGCUGAGGCGCUGCGGGCUAUUUAUCAGGAUGAGCGGAUGAAGGGGAAGCCACUUCUUGUAUUGGCAAACAAACAAGAUUUGCCGACGUCGCUGCGCGCUGACGUUCUUUACGAUCGGCUUGGGAUCAAGGACCUCGUCGACGCCCACCCGGGGGAAGAUACAAUGCCAAAGCUGUGGGCACAGGUUCACCCCUGCACAGCCGACGUCGAGGCUUUGAAAGCCAAAGGUGUUGAUCUCGCUACCGACGCAGAUUUGGCAGCACUGUUGAGAGAGAUACACACCCACCUCCCGACACUUACAAAACGCACAGAACGGGAUGUAUCCGCCCAGCGCGCGACGUGGGAUGAGGAACGGGCUGCGCAGAGGAGGAGGGUUGAGGGGUAUCGGGAGGAGGAUGCUGCAGCCCAGCAAUCACAGAACGGUCAACCACAUGGGGAAACAACGGCGGGAGGUGGGAGUGACCUCGUCACGGGAAUAGCAAAGACGGUGGAGGUGGUUGAGAAGCCGGUGGAUUUUGAUGACGUGCAUCACCCACCUGUCUCGACUCCCGCUCUUGCAAUCGGGGCAUCCAAAGCGUCCCUCGCACCCACCACCGCCACCACGACAACGCCGUCACAACCGGCACCGACACAACCAUCAACAUCAACACAGUCGGAAAAGACUGAGAAGACGGACAAAGAAAAACAACCCAAAAAAUCCAAAUCGCUCUCGUCCCUUCUUCGGCGGGACAAUAAACACAAAAGCGGGAAUACGGUUUAUCCGGAUGGAGAUGAUGAGGGUGCGGAGGGGUUGUUGGGUGGGUCUCAACCGAGUGGCGAAGCGCCGGAUAGUGAGGACCACGGUGGUGAGGAGCAGAGAGAAGAAGGGGAAGGCAGGGUGGAGAGGCGAUUGUCGAAUGUUGUUGUUCCGGAGGCUGUUGGGGCUGAGGUGGGUGAAGGGAAGACGGAAGGGGUGGGGAGGAAGAGCGCUGAACAUCUCGCUGAGUCGGUGCAUCAACCUGCGUCCGCAUCCGCACAUCAGCAUGAUGGUGGCGACGCAGGAUCGUCAAUUUCACCACCACAACCACCUGCAGCAACAACAUCAUCGCACCCAAAUCCGACAUCGACAGACGCCGCCGACCACUCAUUCCAACCACCAGUGCACACAUCCCACCUCCCACCCAUAACCCCUCUCGGCCCGCUCAAAGCCGGAUUCCUGACCGCCCCGGCGCACGGACCGAGGAUGUUACCGCCGUUGGGGCCAUUGCAUCCUGUGCCGACGCCAACGACGACGGCGGGGGCUGAGGGGGAUUUGAUCGAUUUGGGCGGUGAGAAAUGAGGUGAAGUGCCCGUCCCGGGGACGGGACGAUAGGAUAAGGGCUGAUGAUACACGGGCGCAAA